AUCUUAUUUUUAAGAAGAAUUGAAGAUGAGAGAGGGAGAGAGAUCUGGCAGCAGGUCUGUCUCCCACAAAAUGGUGUUCCUGUUCUGGAAUCGACCGUCGCCUCAUCAACAGUCCGCCUGCCUCAAGCAGGCGGGAGACUUUAACUACGACUCAAAAUAUCGUUGCUUGACUUCUUCCCCUUCGGAUUGCAACCCAAAUUCAGCGUCAUCUUCGCCGCCACUACCGUCUUCAUCUUUGUCUGAGCUCCGACAUGGCUCCAACCGCGAUGGUUUCGUCGUUAACCGCGCCCGCGUCCUUCUUGGCUCCGGACUCCAGACAUACCAACAAGGAAAGCGAGCUCUUCAAGCUUGGAACAGGCACUUCGGCUUGGAUUGGGCGUUUGUGGAUCCCAGCAGUCCCGUCGAGGUUGGGGAGAGGUUCUGCGUGUGCGUGAAAGAGCUUGUCCCUUGGGCUGUUCUGCCUCUUCAGAUCGUCUACGUUAACGACCAUGAUGCUGUCAAAGAUGGUUCCCUUAAAAGGGGUUUGACGGCCUCCUUCGCUUUCGGGAGCGGAACCCUUCGAGGCCAUUUAUUGGCUGGAGAAGAGCGGUUCUCGGUUGAGCUGGACGAGGACAACAAAGUGUGGUACGAAAUAUUCUCAAUUUCCAAGCCCGCCCACCUACUUUCCUUUGUCGGUUAUCCUUAUGUCCGUUUUCGGCAGAAGUACUUCGCCCAACAAUCAAUGGAUGCACUUGUACGACAUGUCCACUCUCAAGAGCGUGCUUAAUGCAAAGUUCAUAUCGAAGUCCUCUUGCUCCUGUUAUGGCACCAAGAAAUUGUUAUGGCACCAAGAAAUAUUGCACACUUCAAAAUACAUGAGUACUUAGUAUUUUCACUCA